AUGAACGGUGAUAUUUCUCGUAUUCCCAUCCAAUCUUUGGGUGCCGUAGUCAGUCUCACUGACAUCCUUCCGGAGCUCCCCCUUCCUGCACCACUUCAGAGUGGUUCUGCUUCAUGCACUCUCUUGUGUGAUCCUCAGUUGUCUGCCGAUGCUCACACCUGUCUUCAAAGUGCCACUAAUCACCUUGCCCCGUAUCUCUGUGAUGCCCUGGAACGUGCUUGUACGGACUCUAUUGACUUCAAAGAAGGGUUUGCGAGUGAUAGCAUUGAUCUCAAUUCGGCACCAACUCUCUUGUCUUCUGUGCUCCUGAGCAAACAUCAACUAUUCCAAAACAAACGCGGUUUCUUCGGCCUUUCUUCGUUCUCUAAUCAAUCGUCCGGCACGGUUCAGUCCGGCACCAUUGGUCGUCCAGUAUUGAAAAUUACCAAUGAAUCCUGGCAUUCCGUUUCGGAAUUAACCGCAAACUGUCGUUUGCCGUUGAGUGAUGAACAAAGCCUGUCCCCGACAAAGCGAAAGAAGAAAAAGAAAAGAAAAAAGCACAAGCAUCGAGAUGGUGAAGGUGAUACCAGUGAAACUGGUGGUGAAUCGAGUGCAACAACUCCUGCCACAUAUGAUGGCACGACACCGUCACGAAGGUUUGAUGAUAGUGGAUUGUCACCCACCCCAACUUACGGUGUUGUCGCCGAUACCAAUAAGCUAUCCUUAAAGAUUUUUAAACGACCAGUUAACGAAACUGUUGCGCAACCUCUAAAUGAUUUGAUGGUGGCGGAAUUGCCUAAGAAAGAGAAAAAGAAGAAGCGCAACAAAGACAAGGAUCGGGAGCACAAAUCAAAACGUGAUCGACGUCAAACUCCAACUUCUACGGAGGUUCCAUCAACUACACUUGCCUCUGAAUUACCGAAUGGGUCUAUCUCGUUGCCUACAGAGGUUCUAACAAACUCGGCAACUCCUGUAUGUCCUUCGUCGCUCCCCUGUUCUGUAAUUGAUAACACACUACUGACAGGGACUGCAACGACCACCAGUUCAACAACAACUGUUCUUCCCAACACGUUUGACGCUUUAUCCCAUCCAACGAAUACCGGUGUUCCUGCCGGCGACCUUUCAUUUAUGAGCAACGAUAGCUUGUUCGAUCAUAUCGGUUCAGCCCAUCUUCCUUAUCGCCAACCCCAGUCCCAGUCCACUUCCAGCCUACCUAGUACCCCGGCUUCGGCCGUGGGUGUAAGUCGAUCGGCCAACACCAGCGCCUUCCCUCCUGUAUCCUCUGCAACUUCUGUAGCAGAUAAUUCAUUAUCGAACAAUCAUCAAAAUCGUGCUUUCACUUCACAACCAACCUUGUUCGAUGGUCUCCUGAACGAUCCCACUAUGUCGUUCAUUGAUUCCACUGCCAUUUCUAGUGCCGACUUACUUGCCGUCGCGUCCAGUUGUCCCCUUCCUACUUCCGCUGCAAACACAAUGAGUAUGUGCAACAUCAUGGAUUUUGCGUCCCACUAUUUGCAAAAUGAAAUGCUUUCUUCCACUUCUCCAUGUGAUAGUUUCCCUGUUGGCGAAGACCCAACUGCUGUUUCACGGGCAGCUGGAAAUUUACAGCCCUCUCCGCAUCCGUUCAACUCCUCUUUCAUGAUUGCUUCCCAGUUAAGUGACACCCUCUCUGUCCCUUCCGCUGGCGAUCAUGGGUUCAAUAUGCCAACCAACAUGUUAAACGCUCCGGGUUAUGAUUCUUUGGCUGGCACUAGUCCGUCAACGGUCUUCGUAAAUAACUUCGAUAUUGCUGCAUUGUCCGAAUCCAUGGGGGCGCAUCACGUCCCGAUGGGAUUAGCUUCCUAUCUUUCUGGACCUGGUCAACCGCAAGCUGCUCAGGUGAAUACUCAGACCCGAAAACCACCCUCGCGCACGGACUCCGGGCUGUCGGCGAACACGAGCACUCCUCAAGCGUGGUGGAAGCGGAAAGCUCCCGGUGCCAUGCGCCGAAAGCGGCGUCGGAAGAAUGAAGUUGAGGAUCUACAAUCAUGGACGGUGAAAUACCCAACGGCCGCAGGUGCUGCCGCUGCGGCCAAGGAUGCUGCCACUGAACGGGCCGCGGACGAGCGAACAUGGGAUGAUGCCAUUGGUAACUAUAGUCAGGUGUUGGGCGAACGAGCCAAAAGAAGGAAACGCCUAGCCCGACAAACGGGUAAUUUUGACCCGGCGUUCGUGUUUGAACACGACAAGGAUUAUCACAAUGGCGGCGAAAGCGAUACUGCUGCUGGAGAUGAAGAGUCAAAGACAAUUGACCUCACUCAAGAUUCUGAUGCUACAGGAGAGGUUUCUGUGGCUAAUAGCUCCAGGGGCUUACGUUCGGGUGCAGCUCAGCGUUCCUAUGCCGGUAUGGAUGACGAAGACGAAGGUCCCGGAUCCGGUGGCGUCGUUGAGGGGAGCGGCCGUCGGCGGAAGAAGGCAGAUGACGAUGAACCCUUCGAAGUUCGUUUGAAAGAGCCCGUUGAAGCUCGCUUCCCUCAUCUAAUAGGGAAGUCAUCUGAAGUGACUCGUAAACGUCGCGAAAGAGUGGGAUUCGGAACUCUAUCAGCUGACGUUUCCAGUCAUCGGACCCAUGCCCCUCUCAGUGCUUCUGGUGAGGCCGGUAGUUUAAAGCGAUUCCUCCAACGACUUCAGUCUAUACUCGAGGCGAUUGAAGACACGGAUCUCUUGCAAGCUAUUGAAGGCACCGGUGGUACACAUGAAGAAGAUAUGCAUGAGCAGGGCACGAGUGCUGAUCGAGCAUCGGUUGCGAUGGCUAUCGCGGACAACAGCAUCCCAUCGGAAGCAUUUAUUGCUGUGGAAGAUUUGACGGAUUUGUGCCGUGAAACUGCCAAAUUGAAUGCCACUCGAAUAGCCAAUCAGAUCCCCAUUGAUCAGCUAUUGAAGCUUCUUACAUUGCUGUUGAUCAACAUACGCGACGGUUCUACUGUGAUCGCUACACUUCGGCCGGACGAGGAAGCCGACGAACACGAAAGUAAGCUCUGGCGCGAGUUGGCAAUGGAACGGGUUAUGCGAAGUGUGAACGCCGGACUCACUGGUCUCCUACUUAUGACUUCCAGUGAUAUGCCUCGGGAAGUCUAUGUGGAGGAUGUGAUUGAGCGCACCGUGCACACUGUGCGGUUCCAGUUAUUCAAUUGUAUCUUCCCUGAAUUCGAUCCGGCUUACAGAGUUGAAAAUACAGCCAAAGAAAACCAAAGCAGCAUCAAAUCUCGCCGAGCCCGUGAACGAGAUGUCCACAAACCACGUGCCAUUAUCCACCUAUACCACAAAUUAGUUGAAAUCGUAUCAAAUCUGGCCAAACUGGUAAAGAUGCAACGUCUGACCGACAGUCUGGUUCUAGCACUGUCCAGUGUUGGAGUUUCUGUCUUCUUUGUGGAGAAUGUCAGCGAGCUGCAGCUGGCUGCCCUGGAACUAGUCACAGCAAUUUUCGCUCAGUAUGAACCACAUCGGAAGUUGAUCAUGGAAGAAAUUCUGGCUAGCCUUGCUCGUUUACCUUCUAGCAAACGGAAUUUACGAAGCUACCGUCUGAACACGGAGGACAGUAUUCAAAUGUUGACAGCACUAGCUUUGCUGCUGGUACAAUCCGUAAUCGUUUUACCGAUGCCUUCCGAUAAUAAUAUCUCCCAACCGGAUUCAAAUGCUCCGCACAAUGCGUCGACCACUGCGGAUUCAACGGAAGGAAAUUCUGAGACUCAGAAAGCCGAUAACGAGGUGCUUGUAAUCAACUCGUAUCAUAAUGCACUGCGUACGGCACAUACGUUUCUUCUUGUGUUUCUUCGAAAAUCAACUAUCAAGGGUGAAGAUGAUUACCGAGUGAUCUUUGAGAACUUCGUCAACGACUUGUUGUUGGCUGUUAACAAACCGGAAUGGCCAGCUGCUGAGGUCAUGCUCAGUCUCCUAGGCAGCUUACUUGUGCAGCAGUUCAAUAACAAGACGGUGGAUCAAAGUGUCCGCGUGGCCAGUGUGGAUUAUUUGGGCACUGUAGCAUCUACUCUCCGUCGUGACGCGGUCUCAAGUCAAUUGAAGGAGAAAGACAUUGAUGCAGUCAUCCGUGAUCUACUUGAAAGCAGUCAUUCAGACGAGGACGACGAUGAGGAUGAUGAGGCCGAAGGUGACGAACACGAAGAAGAGCGGAAAGGGGAACCGAAUGGUAAUCAAAAUCCACCUGUCGCCGAUUCAGUACCAGAAGUGGACACGAAAGACGCACCAACAGAUUCUGCCUCAAUAAAACCAGAGGAGGGUUCGACAAAACAGGAAGAGAGCGAAGAGGGAUCUGAGCAAGGUGCCUCAGUAUCGAAAUCCGGUAAAAAAUCGAAGGCAGGUUCGCAUGAGCAGAACGGUUUCGAUGCCUCCAGUCCAGAAAUAAAGAGUGGUUUCAAAGAACCCCAACCGAAAAGAACAACGAACAAAAAACCCAAAAAGAAACCAAACACAAAUAACAAAUCUGUUGAUCCAAUCACUCAGUUGGAUCGUGUCCAGGCGCUACGGGAUGCUAUCUUGGAUUACUUGGCUACUGAGGAUUCAAGUCCUACAGCCAUUGAAACUGAACGUGCGACACAAGCCGCAUUGAGUCGAAAGAAUGAAGGCCAACUUGUCAAUGGAGAAAGUGGUACAAUCCGUUCUGGCACCCGACUAUCGGCAUCAGAUCAGGAGAUGGUUCUUACCAUUUCUGAACGCAGAAGACAACAUAUAUUGUUCAAAAUCGGUGAAUCUCCGGAUGCGUGGCGGCAACGCCGUCGUUUCUGGACGAAUACUUUGAUUGCGCCCACCACUGGUCGUCGUGCGAAACAAGCAGACGGCGAUCCCGCACCGUUAGUGUUCCAGGGAACCUUGGAUUACGAAGAUGCUUGCCUCGUCUGUCGAUUCCUGGCCAGUUUGCGUCCCUUCUCACAAAGCUUUGAUGUGUAUCUCACUCAAAUUUGCAGGCUCCUCAGUGAAUCAUCGGUGGCUGUCAGAACCAAGGCACUUCGUUGCCUUUCUGCUGUGGUUGAAGCCGAUCCGAACGUACUUGCUCGUGAAGAUAUCGAACGUGCAGUACAGUCUCGGUUGCUAGAUACAUCCACCUCUGUGCGAGAAGCUGCGGUGGAUCUGCUGGGUCGUUUCUUGGGAUGCAAACCGGAGUUGACUGCCCAGUACUAUCCAAUGUUAGCAGAUCGUAUUCGAGAUAAAGGAGUCAGCGUACGUAAGCGGGUCAUCCGGAUUCUGCGUGAUAUUUGUCUGGAACAGCCUGAUUUUUCACGGAUUCCUGAGAUUUGUGUGAAAAUGAUCAGACGUGUCAAUGACGAAGAAGGAAUCAAAGUGAGUCUUUGGCGUAUAGUGCUUAUUUCGGUAAUGUUAUACGCUGCGUAUUUCAGGUACCAAUAUAAUAUAUUUUCUAUUGCUUUUGGUAUCUUUGACAAAUCCAGACGGGUUGUCGGUCUCAUUCUACAGCUUAUUGCUGAUUUGUGUCUCCAUUUCUCUCUCCUGAGAUCUUUAAUUGUCACAAACAUGAACGCACUACUUACAAGUAACAAAUGUACGAACCUGCUGGUUUAA